UACAAAAUUAAAAGAAAAAUACAUUAACGGUCAUUUAAAGAAAUUCUAUUUUUAAAAAAUUGCACGGAAAUAUAACCUAUAGAUCAUUUCCGUUACCUUCCUAUCAUUAGACAGACCGAAGCCAUGAUCUUUUUCAGUUCACUUGACAUAGCACGAUUUUAUACACAAGAAAAAACGUAAUUGGAAAUGAUCACUCUUCAGUCACAUAAUCAGGUGCUCUUCCAUCUGACACAAUUAACAUCAAGCAUUAAUCCCAGAUUUGUACCAUUCGUUGUAAAAGAAGAGAAAAAAAGCAAACCACCUAUUCAUAGGAAUGAAGAUCUUUGUUUAGACAGUUUCGUCGAGGUAGCAAAAAAUUGUCAAAAUUUGCCAAUUCUCAAAUUAAAUGUCAACAACAUUGGAAAUAUCUGUGGAACGAAAAAUGAUAAUUCGUGGUUAAUAUUGGAUAAUAUUUUUUAUAAAACGUCUAAGAAGAAAUCAUUAAGAAUAGAUUCCAAAUGGAAUGUGUCAUAUAAAUCAGGAAGUAAUUUUACUGAAAAUAAAAGAAAAUUUCCAUGCUCGGAACUUACACAAUCUAUGAUUUUACCAACAAUAUGUUUAUCAUUUAAAAAACAAUAUAAACCAUUUCAUAAUGUGUGGAAUAUAAUACCAUCAGAUUAUAAUGUACAAGUACGUUCUUUUAAAACAGAACGUGACAUAAAAGUAACGUAUAAAAGGAAUCCAUCGGUAUUCACUAGGAUGAAGGAAUGGUUUGAUUCGUUUGGUCUAUCUUCGGAGUCUCAUAAGACGUCGUUUCCUAGCGAUCUCAAACCACAGGAUAUAGAAUUUAUGAACAAGAUUUUUGCAAAUAUGAACGAUGUUACUGGUGAAACGAAAAAAUCCAAAGUAGCUUUUGCUGAGGGAUAUGCUUUAGGUUUACAAGCAAAAGUUAAAAAUCGCAAGGGAUGGUUAAAAUUUAUUAAUUGGUUGUCUAUAGCAUUGUUGGUGCUCAUCAUAUGUUUCCCUUUUGCCAACCUAGGAAGUGUAUUUAGAUUUUCAUUUAGUAACAAAAGUGAAAUUGAUCCAGAAGAAAUUCAUUUUACGUUCGAUGAUAUCAAAGGAGUUGAGGAAGCUAAGCAAGAAUUGAAAGAUAUAGUGGAAUUUCUAAGAGAUCCCGAAAGAUUUACUUCAUUGGGUGCAAAAUUACCAAAAGGUGUAUUAUUGGUAGGUCAACCGGGAACUGGUAAAACGAUAUUAGCACGUGCAGUAGCUGGCGAAGCUGGCGUACCAUUUUUCCAUGCAGCUGGACCUGAAUUUGAUGAAAUUUUAGUAGGACAAGGUGCACGUAGAGUGAGAGAUUUAUUCAAAACAGCCAAGGAAAAAGCACCAUGUGUGAUCUUUAUCGAUGAAAUUGAUUCUAUUGGUGCAACGAGAACACCUUCGGUUCUUCAUCCAUAUGCAAAUCAAACUAUUAAUCAAUUACUUUCAGAAAUGGAUGGAUUUCAUCGAAAUGAAGGAGUCAUCGUAUUAGGUGCUACAAAUAGAAGAGAUGAUUUAGACAAAGCAUUAUUGAGACCUGGUCGUUUCGACGUUGAAGUUAACGUUCGAAUACCAGAUUAUACAGGACGAAAGGAAAUCUUAGAAUUAUACUUAGCAAAAAUUAUGACUCGUGAUAUUGAUGUAGAUUACUUAGCAAGAGGCACAACUGGUUUUACUGGAGCAGAUAUAGAAAAUAUGGUGAAUCAAGCUGCUUUACAAGCAGCAAUACUUAAUUCAGAAAAUGUAACUAUGAAACAUCUGGAGUAUGCAAGAGACAAAGUUCUUAUGGGUCCAGAAGGAAAAUCUAAAAUCCCUGAUGAAGAAACUAAUCGUAUUACAGCAUAUCAUGAAGCUGGUCAUGCAUUAGUUGGAUUAUAUACAAAAGAGGCAGAUCCACUUCACAAAGUAACAAUUAUUCCACGAGGACCUUCUUUAGGACAUACUUCAUAUAUUCCUGAAAAAGAUAAUUACCUUACAACCAAAUCACAUCUAUUGGCUAGAAUGGAUUGUUUGAUGGGAGGACGUGCAGCUGAAGAAUUAAUUUUUGGUCCUGACAAAAUUACUACAGGAGCAGCUUCAGAUUUUCAAAAUGCUACAAAGAUAGCAGAAACUAUGGUACAAACGUAUGGAAUGUCUGAUAAAGUUGGAGUUAGGAUGUACGAUUUACAAAAGAAUUCGAAUUAUGCUCCUAGUACUAAUGAAAUGCUUGAUAACGAAAUUAAAAGACUUUUACAAGAAUCAUAUGAACGUGCUAAGAACAUAUUGAAAUUGCAUGCUAAGGAACACAAACAAUUAGCUGAUGCUUUAAUCGAAUAUGAAAUAUUAGAUUCUGAAGAGAUAAAAGCUGUAAUAAAUGGAAAAAAAAUAAGAAAUGAAACUCCAAAUAAAAAAGCAACAAUUAUAGAUGUACCUAAUAAGAAUGUACCUAAUCAUCCAACUAAUACGGGACUCUUAGAUGUACCUAAUAAAAUGUAAUUAAUAAUAUUCUAUACUAAAGUAUAACUUUUGUUGUGAAAAUUGAAACAAUUUAUAGACACAAUGUACCAUAUUUAUCACGUGGAUGUAAAUUUAAGAAAUAAUUUCGUAAAAUUAAAACAAAA